GGUCCCAUGCGCAACCUUGCCGACGACCAACGAUCGACCAUUCCACAUUGAAGUCAACGAGGCGACCGAAUACCUUCUCCCCAUUGUGCGCAAACUUUCGAUCGAUAUUUCCCUAGAUCCCGUUCCCUUCGACGACGAUUGCAUUCCCGAAAAUGGACGGAAUCGGGCCUGAAGUUGAGGUGUUCGCGAACAUUCUUGACGAUUGCCUAGCGAACCAAGGCACCGAUGAGGACAAACGCGCAAGGGUCUUGGGGCUGGUAAACGCAUACCACGACUAUGCCGCCGAAAAGUUGUCGCAGCUGCGCAAGCCACGCCGUCAGGGCUCAAUUGGCAACAAUGAGAUGGACCUGGACGAUGAAGAAGAGGCAGAGGCUGCGGCAGAUUCAGAAGAGAUUCGAGUAUGGGAGCAAGAGAGACAGACAUGGGAUCUCGUUCGUCGCCUGAUCCCGCUGAGAUAUUCUGUUCGAUCCUCGACGAACCAGCAAGCUACGUACAGUGGAGAAGAUCUGUGGAGGGCAUUCCUUGCGAACGACCAGUCGGCCACAGAGAGGAAGACCAUUCUCGAAUGGUUACAACAAGGCGCGAGAGCUGGCCCCGACAUCGACGACCUCGUACGAGAGCUCCAGCAAAACGCCGACAGAGGUGACAUCAUCGCUCACGGCUGGAUACACACAAGGUCUGCCAUCAAGUUGCAGAAGAGUGUGAUUGGCUCUUCACGCCCGCUUGACGUGCAUUUUCCGGAGGUCGCACGCUCUCUAGUCAACUCAGACAAGGCGCCACUCGUUGCCGAACUAGACCCAGACUCUGUGAUCAGACAGGGUCGGAAGUUGGAGCCACAGGAUGAGUACUUUGAGAGGGCUAUCUGGGUAGGCUGCUUCCAGCUUCUUCGAAGAGGCUGUAGUUUAGAGACUACGCGGGAGUGGUGCUUGGAGAGGACGGAGGUUUGGAGGGCUGUAUCCAUGUCCGCCUUACCCCUUGCAAGUGAUCAUGGGGAGACCACACUUGUCGACGACCCUUCAGGGCUUGCUCUUUGGAGACGCAUGUGUUUUGCUCUUGCUCGCCAAGGAGGCACCGAUGAUAUUGAGAGAGCAGUAUAUGGGGUGCUGUCAGGAGACAUCCCCAGCGUGCAAAGGGUAUGCCAGACUUGGGACGACUUCAUGUUCAUGCACUACAACGCUUUGAUUCGCACACAGUUCGACACUUUCCUACUCAGCCAAUGCUCUCCAGAAGCAUCAGCAACCAUCCGCUCAUCGUUCGCCGCUUUUGACGCAGUUCAGUUCCAUGGCGAUGCAGCCACGUUGGAGCAACGCUUGAUCCGCAACCUAGAGACCAGCCCGCACACGAGCAAGGAAGCUUUGGAGCCUAUCAAGGCACUACAGGCCGCCAUUAUCUCGAGAGACCUCCAACGGCACUUUUACGAGCAGGGUGUGGCCAUCACACAGAAGGCGAAUUCCAAGGAGGCAUCUGCGCUCAUGCCCGAUCACAGCUGCCGCAACGUCGACGUAGUGACGGAAAAGUUCGCUGACAUCAAAAAUCCUGAUGGCCUGCGAAUCGCUGUUCAUGCACUCAUCAUCUUCGAUACGCUUGACAAACUCGGCACUCUGAAAACCAACACCGUAACAAUGAGUUCGGAUCACAAUCGUCGUGAAUUGCAAGAGAACACGAUUACGCAGUACAUUAGCUUGCUCCGCCUAGCAGGCUUGGAGGAGUUGAUACCACUGUAUUGCUCCAGGCUUCAUCCAUCGAGAGCCUUCCAAGUGUUGAGCACAAACCUACUUCCCAUCACCGAUAGCGAAGCUCGUCAAGAGCAGCUCACCUUCAUUCACAAAGCAGGACUAGACGUGGUGGACUUCGUCAAGGCACAACCACAGUUCUUGUUCCAGACCUUGGGCCUCGAUACAGCGCAAAACGAUGCAAUGCGGGAAUUCCAGAUCAUGGACGAUGGUCCGGCGUCCUUAAAGUACGGACGUUCCAUCAAAACAGACUUCUUCGGGGAAGAUCCCGAAUCCAUUGACCCGGUCGACGAGCGGUUGAUCCGGUCAGUAGAAUGGCUGCUACUAGUCAGCGAGGCCUGGCCUUAUGUCUUUUCCACCGGCGUGGCAAUCUACAAGCACUUUCUAAAGACCAUGCAUUUGAAUGCUGCCCGAAGCUUCGCAAAUCGUGUACCAUUCGAUAGCAUUAUGCGCAUGCGCUCAAGCGACUUCCCUGAGCAAGCAGAAGACGAACUCUGGUGGACACAAGAUGGAGAAUUCUGGGUCAACCAGCUCGAAGGCGCGGGUGCGAUGGACCUCUCGCCAAGUCAAGUAGUAUCGGACGCCAAGGUGUUGCGCGAACUUGAGUGUCUCGUCAGAGCCUUGGACACAAUGGAGACUGUCGCUUCACUGGCGGAGCUGUCAAGGGAGGACCCGUCGGUCAAACGAGAUUUCUGGGCUAAGGUCGGCAACGAGGUCAAAGCAGCCAAAGAACACGUGCGACCACUACUGGUUGACUGGCUGGGUAGCCAAGGUAACCCGUGCUCCUUAAAUCACAUUUCUCGGAGAACUAAUCCGCUCGUGACAGAAGAUCAAGACUUACAAGCGCUGCGGGAAGCAUAUCUUCCCGAGACAAUCCUCGCCUACGUCAGCACGCUCCAUUUCGCCGGCACGACGCUGACGAGGGAUAACUUUUUGGAGUGUAUGGAGCUGGCAGCCACUAUUGCGGAGAAGGGCUCCGAUGUGGCAGAGUGCUUCACCAAGGCUAAGCGAAUGAAGGAACUGGUCGAGUGUUUUGCUGCCUGCAGCAAAGCAUUGGCCGUUGCAUCGGGCGAGAAGAAGGCGGCCAAUUCGAGCAGCAAGAAGCUACGUGAAAUGGGAUGGUCACGGGAUCUUUGGUCCGUAAAGCACUGAAUUGGGCAGUUUACUGGCGAGUCACAAUGUUUGUCAAGAAUAAGGAAUGGGGAUCUGAGGCCUGUACUGGAGAUGUGUCACGUCUACAUGAGAUUCAGCUGGCACACGGCAUGCCGCUCAGGAAGACUUCGGCCAGGCAUGAUAUGCCUCGAAUCCAACAAGGUCAUUCAGCUGCCAAGUUGAUUGAUGCAGGGGGGCGAUUAGUUAGAUCGAGGCUUUGCAGGCUCACAAAUAAAAGAGUAUCACAGCAAAGAAGAAGAGGGGGGGGAAAUCACCAAAAGUGAAGCAUUUCGUAACCCUUUUCGCCAUUCUUGUGUUGAGUUCCUACUUAUAAUUGAGUACUCCGUAGAGAUGUGUGUUUAUGGGUAUGAUAUCAUACUAGGUACGUAGGUAGACGCGAGCUUAAAUUAAUAGGAAGUACAAUCUGAUCU